UACUGUGGAAUCUUUUACUCUGAAGAUAUUAAUAUUAUUGUUUUUGCUCGUUUUCUAAAUCACUCCCGAAAGUUUUAUGUGUUGUUUUGUUAGUCCUAUUGUCAAUGUUGCGAUUUCAGUACACAAUAUUAUGAAUUACUAAUCGUUUCGCUUUGAAAUGCCAACUGAACUGAUCUAACCUGAACCGGUCAUAUUUUUAUCAACAUUUACAAUAACCAUGGGUGUAACAGUAUUACAACAGUAUCCAGUGCCAGAGAAUAAGACGGGGACGUUUGUAAUAGAGCUCCUGACAAGGCGCCUGCUGGCUUUGGGAGCUACGCAACAAGGGCAGUUCCUAGUGGACUGUGAAAGCUACCUGUCUCAUCCGCAAAUGGGUACAACAAAAACUGUCCACAUUCUCCAUAACUCAGAACAGCCAGCUUCUGUCUUCUCCAUCCUAGAGAGUGGCACGAAGAACAUCCAUGUUAUUGCCGAUGGUCUGUUCGAUCUACUGAUGAUGAAGCUCUCUCAACACUAUACUUCGAAAAAGCAGACUAAGAUUGAGAGCAAAGGACCGAGGUUUGAGUUGGGAGAUUUCUGUGUAAAACUUGGAUCUGUUAUGAUGAAUCAGAAUUUUAAGGGGAUCCUUAUUGAGGUUGAAUACAGGCCCUGUGUCAUGGCGAACGCCGUCUGGGGCCUCUUACGGGAAUUCCUCCAGGGCCUGCUCGGCCCUUCUGUGCCCGUGACCCCGCCGCAGCACCUCCUAAGCCGCAUGCACGAGAUAUACACACCCAUUGACACUAUUCACCAGUACCUUGAGCACUUUAGCCAGUAUAGAAAACACACAGGGCUCCGGAAUGCUUAGUUGUAUAAUAGGUUUUUUUAAUACUGGUUUUUACUUCUUGCUAUUUUAAGCAAGUCAAAAACAAUAAUAUACAUACUGCUUACAACUGCACUGGAUUUCACUGCAUUGGGUUAACACUUGUAACAACUUGGUGGUAACUAGUGGGAAUAACCCAAGGCAGAGUGGCAGAUAGUGAUCUCUUUCAGACAAGACAAGACCUACCUUUACUAAAUUUCCACACUAGGAACUAUGAGGAUUUUUUUAUUUGAAGUGACUAUAA